AUGAUUUCCAACACGAUACCCAGACUUUUCCUCUUCUUCGCCAUUGCCAUCUUCUCAGUCUCGGCGCAGACAGCAGCUUCGUCUCCCACCACCUUGACAGCUCCACGCACUCUCUCCUCUACCGGCAACACCACAAGCAGUGCUUCCCGUACAUCAACUUCUCGCGCCAGUGCAGCAACCUCUGGUGCAGCCCCGGAUGUCUACCUCAAUGUUCCCGAGCUGCACGUCGGCCGCAUCGAGUUGACUGUCGAGAAGCUGAGUGCGGAUUUGAACUUGAAUGCCAAAGUCGCGAACCUCGUGCAAUUGAAUGCUGGUGUGCAAGUUGCGGUUGAGAAGGUCAACAUUACAAUCUCGGAAGUAGAUGCAGAGGUUGAGUUGGUCAUUCGACUUGGUCACCUCGUCGAUAUCGUCGGCCGCGUCUUCGACUCUCUAGACCUCAACCCCCUCCUUAUUUCCACGAUUGGCAACGCAACAUCCCUCGUCGGCAAUGCCAUCUCAGACGUCGUCGGUGCCGUCGACGGCCUCCUCGGCUCCAUCACACAAGGCGGCAAAACUCUCAACUUUGUCGUCGACAAUCUCGGAAACAUUGUACAAGAAGUCGGAGGUGUGAGCUCUAUCGUUGGCGAUUUCACAAAGAACAUGACGCAGACUGGAAGCAGCAAGAGUGUUGGUCAGGGCUUGACACAAAAAACAUAUUCGUACUCGCCGUUGAAUGCGCUGGUGGAUAUUGUGUUUAAUACAGCUGGUCAAGUUGUGCAGGCCGUUGUACAGAAGAAGAACGGUAGCAGCAGUGGUAGUGGCAGUACUGGAGGAUCGAACUCGACAGUUUCUACUGCUUCUUUGCUGAAGCAUUAG